AUGGCGCCACGCAGGCUCAAUGUCCUGGUCUACACAGGAACGGGAUCAACCGUCGAAUCUGUGCGGCACUGCCUCUAUUCCCUGCGGCGCUUGUUGUCUCCUAAUUACGCCGUGAUCCCCAUCGCCGAGACAGCCCUCCUCAAGGAGCCCUGGGCUUCUACUUGCGCCCUUCUCGUGUUCCCUGGCGGCGCCGAUCUUGGCUACUGCCGCGUCUUGAACGGCGCCGGCAAUACCGCCAUCUCACUGUUCGUCCGCCGCGGAGGCGCUUACCUUGGCUUUUGCGCUGGAGGUUAUUAUGCCAGUCGCCGGUGCGAGUUUGAGGUUGGCCACCCGAAGCUAGAGGUCACGGGAGGCAGGGAGCUCGGCUUCUUCCCCGGCACCUGUCGCGGCGGUGCCUUCAAAGGCUUUGCUUACCAUAGCGAGCGCGGCGCAAGAGCCGCCGACAUCGUCGUCAACAAGAGCGCCUUUCCGGGGGUCGGCGUGGUUCCUGACGUCUUCAAAUGCUACUACAACGGCGGCGGCGUCUUUGUAAACCCCGAGACAACCGACGCCAGCGACACAGAGGUGCUCGCCGAGUACCAAGACGACAUAGAUGUCGCAUCGGGAUACGUGAAGGCCGCUGUGGUGUACUGCAAGGUCGGAAUGGGGAGCGCUAUCCUGAUGGGCCCGCAUCCAGAAUUCGCCGCUGUCAACCUGACUAAGCAUCAGGACAUCCCGGGGUACGACGGCCUCAUCAACGAUUUAGCAGCAGACGACGGAGCGAGGGCCAACUUUCUCAAGGCAUGUCUGACAAAGCUCGGCCUCGAAGUCAGCCAGGGGGAAUCAUCUACCCCGAGUCUGUCCAAGAUCCACCUGUCGUCGCUCAACCACGUCGAAGUUGGCAAGCUGCUAGCCUCUUUCCGAGACAUCAUCACUAAAGAAGAUACAGAGGAGUAUAUCAAGGACGAGAACGACCUGUUCCACCUCGAGAAGCCGGAUUCGCGAUGGUCCUUGGCCCACCUAGAUAGAGCACUCGCGAGCGAAUACACGGCGCAGAAGAAGACCACGGGCCGCGGGACGCCAGACCCGACGGCCGAGUAUAUACAGGUGCCAAAACAGGUUGUCUCGCACGAAAUCGCAUGGCCGGAACCUAAGGAGACUCCGUACUUCAACCAUGCUGUUUUCUAUUCGAGUCUUGCACAGUACAGGAAGAUGGACCCGGGGGCCAAAGAGUGGGGCGACGUGCUAAUGUAUGGCGAGGUUGUCACCAGCACGAAUACCUUGCUUGAGAAAAAUCACAAUCUGCUUUCGAAGCUGCCCACGGGAUUCACCAUUGCGGCUACCACCCAGGUAGCAGGCCGCGGCCGCGGGUCCAACGUCUGGGUGUCGCCUGCCGGGAGCCUGAUCUUUUCGACCGUAAUAAACCAUCCGGCGAAAGACGCCGUCACGCGGCCCAUCGUGUUUGUCCAGUACCUAGCUGCGGUUGCUAUUAUCGAGGCGAUCCAGACGUACGACGUCGGCUAUGACAAGCUGCCCGUCAAACUCAAGUGGCCAAACGACAUUUACGCCCGAGACCCCACGCAGUCGGAACAAGCCUCGUUCGUUAAGAUUGGCGGGAUCUUGUCCAACUGCGCUUACUCGGACGGGAACUACCAGGUUGUGCUGGGGAUCGGAAUCAACACGAACAACGGGCGGCCGACGACGAGCCUCGACGCCCUGCUGUCGGCGCUUGCCAGCAACAAGGGUCUGGCGCCCUUCCGCAUCGAGCGACUGAUUGCGCGGAUCCUCACUCGGCUCGAGGUGCUGUACGACGAGUUCUGCGGCACCGGCUUCUCGCGCCGGCUUGAAGAGAAGUACUACGAGCACUGGCUGCACGCAAACCAGAUCGUCACGCUCGAGGCAGAGGGCGGGGUCAAGGCGCGCGUGCUAGGCAUCACCACGGACUGGGGCAUGCUCAAGGCCGAAGAGGUCGCCGCGGACGGCAUCAACGGCGCGCUGCGGCCUACGGGCAAGGUAUGGGCCCUGCAGAGCGAUGAGAACAGCUUUGACUUUUGGAAGGGGCUCGUGAGGAGAAAGUGCUGA